CCAUGUCGAGCAAUCCUUGAAUGGAAGCUCUCCAUGCUUUGUUUUACUUUUCAAAGCUCUUCUCCCUUAUAAAUUCAUCGCCCACGUCAUCACAUCCUCCAUGUCUCUCUUUCACACAAACAUACACUUGCGUUUUCCCGAGACCCUCUUUUAAUGAUGCCUCCAAGAAUCUCUUUCGACGCUGAAACGCUCCUCUUUUUGGCUCUCUCCUUUUUAGCCAUCAUUGUGUGCUCCAGCGACGGUCCUCAGCUAGCAGUGGCGCAAAGUAGUAACAACAACAGUGCCACAACGAUCCCAGUGAACGUUGGGGUGAUUGUUGAUCUGGAGACGUGGGUGGGUAAGAUGGGAUUGAGCUGCGUUAACUUGUCUAUCUCUAACUUUUAUGGUUCAAACCCUUCUUACAAGACCAGGCUCAUCCUCAACGUUAGAGACUCAAAAGAAGAAGAGGUUGCUGCCGCUGCUGCAGCACUUGAUCUGAUAAAGAAUAAGCAAGUCCACGCCAUAAUAGGCCCCCAAAGUUCAGUGCAAGCAGACUUCAUCAUUGACCUUGGAAACAAAUCUCAUGUGCCGAUCAUCUCUUUUUCUGCUACUAGUCCUUUCCUCAGUUCCAUUCGGAGUCCAUACUUCAUUCGAGCUGCACAAAAUGACUCGUCCCAAGUGAAUGCCAUAAGCGCAGUCGUGCAAGCUUUUGGCUGGAGAGAAGCGGUUCUAAUAUAUGUGGACAAUGAGUUCGGAGAAGGCAUCAUACCUUCUCUUACGGAUGCUUUGGAAGAGGUCGAUACGCGAGUCUAUAGGAGCCUCAUUCCUCCUUUAGCCACGGACAAUCAAAUCGGGCAGGAACUCUACAAGUUAAUGACGAUGCAAACGAGGGUCUUCAUCGUACACAUGUUACCUACCCUCGGUUCUCGGCUAUUUGCCAAAGCAAAAGAGGCAGGAAUGAUGGGGAGAGGUUAUGUAUGGAUCUUGACUAGUGGAAUCACUGACCUAUUGAACUCUGUGGAUUCAUCUGUUGUUGCUAAUUCAAUGCAAGGAGUAUUGGGAAUCAAGACUUACAUUCCAGACACACGGAACCUGGACAAUUUCGUGGUCCAGUGGAAGAAGAAAUUCCAACAAGAGAAUCCAUCCGUCCUUAGUCCUCGGUUGAACAUCUUCGGAUACUAUGCUUAUGAUGCUGCUCGGGCUCUGGCAAUGGCUGUUGAGGAAAUGGGAACGGUGAAUUUUAGCUUCGAGAUUUUGAAUACUUUGACAGAUGCAACUGAUUUGGACACUAUUGGGGUCUCUCAAAAUGGUGAGAAACUUCUCCAAGAACUAGCUAAUAUCACAUUCAUGGGGCUCACUGGAAAUUUCAGUCUUGUUGAUGGGCAGUUAGAAUCGUUAGUGUUCCAAAUUGUUAAUAUCAAUGGAAACGCAGCAAGAGGGAUCGGGUUCUGGACCCUAAAAAAUGGGCUGCUGAGAGAUUUGAAUCCAUCUGACACAAGCAAAUAUUCCACUUCGAAGGGUAAUUUAGGAACAAUAAUAUGGCCAGGAGAUUCGACCUCUGUUCCCAAGGGAUGGGAGUUCCCCAUGACUGGGAAGAGUUUGAGAAUCUUAGUUCCCGUGAAAGACGGUUUCAAUCAAUUCGUGACGGUGACACGUGAUCCUACAACAAAUAUAUCCCAAGUCACCGGAUACUGUAUUGACAUCUUUCACGCUGUGAUAGAAAAACUACUUUAUGCAUUGACUUAUGAACUUACUCUGUUUGCCUUGCCUAAUGGAAGUAGCGCUGGUAGUUACAAUGACAUGAUCGAUCAAGUAUAUUACCAGAAUUAUGAUGCAGUGGUGGGUGAUACGACGAUCCUUGCGAACAGAUCAUUGUACGUGGAGUUUACCUUACCGUACAUAGAAUCGGGGGUUGCAAUGCUUGUGCCAUACAAGGACAACAAGAGUAAGAAUGCUUGGGUUUUCUUGAAGUCACGGGACCUUUGGCUAACUAUUGGAUGCUUUUUUGUGUUUAUAGCAUUGGUCGUGUGGAUUCUCGAACAUCGGAUUAAUGAAGAUUUCAGGGGUCCAGUCACGCAUCAAGUUGGCACGAGCCUCUGGUUUUCGUUUUCAACCAUGGUCUUUGCUCAAAGGGAGAGAGCAUUUAGCAACCUAACAAGAUUUGUUGUGAUCGUGUGGGUUUUCGUGGUACUUAUACUAACGCAAAGUUAUACGGCAAGCUUGAGCUCUCUUUUGGUGGUGCAAAAUUCUCAACCAACUAUAGCUGAUGUGCAUCAGCUCCUAAAUAGUGGAGAAAGAGUGGGAUAGUAUGGAACUUUCGUUCAUGAGAUGCUAAAGCAAAUGAAAUUCGAUGAUUACAGACUUGUAUCUUAUAAGUCUGUUGAAGAAUGCGAUGUGCUUCUUUCCAAAGGAAGCUCAAAGGGUGGGAUUGCAGCCGCAAUUGACGAAGUCCCCAACAUUAAACUUGUUCUUUCUCAAUAUUGCAACAAAUAUAUAAUGAUCCCGACAUUUAAAACUGCUGGAUUUGGCUUCGUAAGAAAUUCCACAAUUACUAAGGUUAGUUGUUAUUUCUUUGAUUGAAAAAUCUCAUGUCCUGCUUCUUUUGGUUUACAGGUUUUCCCCAAAGGGUCUCCGCUAGUCCCAGAUAUUUCACGAGCAAUCCUCAAUGUAACUGAAGGGCCUAACAUGACGAAAAUUGAAAAAGCAUGGUUUACAUCAGAAACCAACUGCCUCGAUUCAACUCCCUCCAUUUCUUCCAAUAGUUUGGGUCUUGACAGUUUCUGGGGCCUAUUCUUGAUUGCUGGAGUUGUUGCACUUUUAGCUCUCCUCAUUUACAUGGUCAUGUUUGUCAAAAGGAAUUGGCAUGUCAUAUCAAGUUCUUCAGCUUCACUGCGACAGAAAAUUGUUGCAUUGGGAAGAAGAUUUUACGAAAGAGACAUCAAUUCCCAUACUUUUAGGGAGGGCAGAUUCAGAGACAGAAGUAUGGAUGAUGGUAUCCAUGAGCACGCAGAUGUUGAGAUAUCAGAAAACAGUAAUUUCCCCCUGAGUCCGUCAAGCAACUCCAGCCAAAUCAACGACGUUUUAACCAAUGAGCAAGGCACACCAUCUGCAGAACAAGGACUUCCUAACCAUGUAGAUGAAGGGUGCCACAAGAUAGCGAGCAAUGUCGAGCUUACCAAUGUAACUAAGAGAGACCUUUCAACACGGGAAGGCACUCAACAAACUGCUGCUCUUGGGCCCCCUCAUCACACCUCCCGUGAAUGUCACUGAGCUGGCGAAGGUGGCAGUUCAAGCAGCUGCGGAUCCUGCCUUCACUCCAGUCGUCAUAGACGUUCAGGGAUUACUCCGAUAUAGCCAACAAAAGUUGAAGUAGAAAUGGUCCGACCCAUCCUCUUUAUAGGUUCAAUCUUAUAGAGCUGUUAAUAACAUGAGCACUCAUAUGUUGUUUUCAUAUCAACACCGUUUUGAUUUUUCUGGAGUCUAUAGUUGCCUGUAGGAGAAAGAGAAGAAUUCUUAGCUCAAACUUUGAAGGCAGUAAAUGCACUUGAAAGAGCUAAAUUCUUUGUACGUUGGGGUUUCCCUGAACUUUUGAGUCAUGUACUGAAUUUCAGUGAAAUGAUCCCUUCAGAAUAUAAGUACAUCGGGCAAGAGUAAUAUAGAUCCGCACUGUUUUCAUCCUUAA